AUGGAGGGCCCCAAGGAGACAGCGGUUGGCGAGGAGAGGAGGCGAAAGGCUAGCGAAAGCAAGGAACGGAAGAUCCGAGGCGCGUACCCCUCAAUGGCCUCUCUGUUUCAACGCAUGCGCGAGGCCCUACACCUUCCGAAAUACCAAGAAGUGCUUGCAGCGAUUCAGGCGGAUCUCCACAAGGCCGAGACGAACGGGAGUGGAGCCUGUGGAGACUCGAAAGAGGAACAAGAUGGAUGCGGCAAUGACGGCGAAGAACGCGAACGGCCAUGUGAAGAAGAGAGACAAGAUGAACAGGGAAGAGACAGCGACGCCGAGCAAAGGAGUCACAUUCAGGAAACAGAGGAGACUCUGGAAGACGCCAAAGGGACAGCGGUCACUCCGGACGACGCCUGGUGGUGGUUCUGCGCGAAUCCACCUUCCUUCCCGUUCUACGAGGUGUACACGGAGGAGCUUGUUAAUCUUCUCGCUACCUAUCUGCAUCGGCGGAUUUGCCAGAGAAUCGGCGCUGUGGAAGUCGUCGAAAACGGCCACGAAAGCGCAGGCGGUCCUUCCGCGCAUAACGGAAGCGAGGAACAGGAAAAGACACUCCAGGCAAGGUCUGGAACGGCAGAGGCGCCUGGGCGACAGCGCCGGCGUGCGCCGUCUCCUCUUCGAAUUCUUGAAGUGGGGGCUGAUGAGUGGAAAGAGAUGAAACAGACCGGAGUCGAGGAUUACCUUCUGAUUGGCCACGCCGAGUUCGGCCUCGUCGGCAAACCUUCUGCCAUCAUGCUCCAUAAUACAGAGGCCGUGUAG